ACGAAAGAGAGACCCUACAAAUGCUGUGAGUGUGGGAAAAGCUUCAAUCGUACCUCAGCCCUUAGUAGGCAUCAGCGAAUACACAGAGGAGACAAACCCUAUGAAUGCUGUGAGUGUGGGAAAAGCUUCUCUCAGAGAUAUACCCUUUACUCUCAUCAGAGAAUCCACACAGAAGAGCGACCCUACGAAUGCUGCAAGUGCAGGAAAAGCUUCACUCAGAGAUCAGCCCUUAUCUCUCAUCAGACAAUGCACACAGGAGAGCGACCCUACGAAUGCUGUGAGUGCGGGAAAAACUUCACCCGAAGCUCAAACCUUACUGUGCAUCAGAGGAUCCACACAGGAGAGAGACCUUAUGAAUGCCGUGAGUGCAGGAAAAGUUUCAGUCACUUCUCCUCCCUUAUCUCUCACCAGAGAGUCCACACGGGAGAGAGACCCUAUGAAUGUUGCGAGUGUGGAAAAAGCUUCUCUCGGAGCUCAAAUCUUACUAUGCAUCAGAGGAUCCACACAGGAGAGAGACCCUAUGAAUGCAGUGAGUGCGGGAAAAGUUUCACUCACCUCUUCUCUCUUAUCUCUCACCAGAGUGUCCACACGGGAGAGAAACCCUAUGAAUGCAGUGAGUGCGGGAAAAGCUUCUCUCGAAGCUCAACCCUUGUUACACAUUACGGAGUCCACACCGGAGAGAGACCAUAUGAAUGCUGCGAGUGUGGGAAAAGCUUCACUCAUAGUUCAGGCCUUUCUAAACAUCAGAGAAUCCACACAGGGGAGAUGCCCUACACGUGCUCUGAGUGCGGGAAAAGCUUCAAUCAGCGCUCUACCCUUAUCGCACAUCAGAGAAUCCACACAGGGGAGACGCCCUACACGUGCUCUGAGUGCGGGAAAAGCUUCAAUCAGCGCUCUACCCUUAUCGCACAUCAGAGAAUCCACACAGGGGAGACGCCCUACACAUGCUCUGAGUGCGGGAAAAGCUUCAAUCAGCGCUCUACCCUUAUCGCACAUCAGAGAAUCCACACAGGGGAGACGCCCUACACAUGCUCUGAGUGCGGGAAAAGCUUCGCGCGGAGCUCUCACCGUAUCAGACAUCAGAGAAUCCACACAGGGGAGAUGCCCUACACGUGCUCUGAGUGCGGGAAAAGCUUCAAUCAGCGCUCUCACCUUAUCGUACAUCAGAGAAACCACACAGGGGAGAAGCCCUACACGUGCCCUGAGUGUGGGAAAAGCUUCAAACAGAGCUCAAACCUUAUUACACAUCAGAGAAUCCACACUGGGGAGACGCCCUACACGUGCUCUGAGUGCGGGAAAAGCUUUGGGGAGAGCGCUCACCUUAUCAGACAUGAGAGAAUCCACACUGGGGAGACGCCCUACACGUGCUCUGACUGCGGGAAAAGCUUCGCGCGGAGCUCUCACCUUAUCAGACAUCAGAGAAUCCACACAGGGGAGAAGCCCUACACGUGCUCUGAGUGCGGGAAAAGCUUUGGGCAGAGCUCUACCCUUAUCGCACAUCAGAGAAUCCACACAGGGGAGACGCCCUACACAUGCUCUGAGUGCGGGAAAAGCUUCGGGCGGAGCUCUCACCUUAUCGUACAUCAGAGAAACCACACAGGGGAGAAGCCCUACACGUGCCCUGAGUGUGGGAAAAGCUUCAAACAGAGCUCAAACCUUAUUACACAUCAGAAAAUCCACACAGGGGAAAAGCCCUAUGAAUGCAGUGAGUGUGGGAAAAGCUUCACUCAAAGAUCAGCCCUUUCUGUACAUCAGAGAAUCCACACAGGGGAAAGGCCCUUUGAAUGCCAUGAGUGUGGGAAAAGCUUCACUAGCAGCUCAGACCUUUCUAAACAUCAGAGAAUCCACACAGGGGAAAAGCCCUAUGAAUGCAGUGAGUGUGGGAAAAGCUUCACUCAAAGAUCAGCCCUUUCUAAACAUCAGAGAAUCCACACAGGGGAAAGGCCCUUUGAAUGCCGUGAGUGUGGGAAAAGCUUCACUAGCAGCUCAGACCUUUGUAGACAUCAGAGAAUCCACACAGGGGACAGGCCCUAUGAAUGCACUGAGUGCGGGAAAACCUUCAAUCGCAGUUCGCACCUUAUUAGGCAUCAGAGAAUCCACACAGGGGACAGGCCCUAUGAAUGCACUGAGUGUGGGAAAACCUUCAAUCGCAGUUCGCACCUUAUUAGUCAUCAAACAAUCCACAGAGGAGAGAGGCCCUAUGAAUGCCAUGAGUGUGGGAAAUGCUUCACUAGCAGCUCAAAUCUUUCUCAACAUCAGAGAAUCCACACAGGGGAGAGGCCCUUUGAAUGCCGUGAGUGUGGAAAAUGCUUCACUAGCAGCUCAAACCUUUCUCAACAUCAGAGAAUCCACACAGGGGAGAGGCCCUUUGAAUGCCGUGAGUGUGGGAAAUGCUUCACUAGCAGCUCAGACCUUUCUAAACAUCAGAGAAUCCACACAGGGGAAAGGCCCUAUGAAUGCCGUGAGUGUAGGAAAACCUUCAAUCGCAUUUCACACCUUAUUAGGCAUCAAACAAUCCACAGAGGAGAGAGGCCCUAUGAAUGCCGUGAGUGUCGGAAAUGCUUCACUAGCAGCUCGGCCCUUUCUGUUCAUCAGAGAAUCCACACAGGGGAGAGGCCCUUUGAAUGCCGUGAGUGUGGGAAAAGCUUCACUAGCAGCUCAAACCUUUCUCAACAUCAGAGAAUCCACACAGGGGAGAGGCCCUUUGACUGCAGUGAGUGUGGGAAAAGCUUCACUAGCAGCUCAGACCUUUCUCAACAUCAGAGAAUCCACACAGGGGAGAGGACUUUUGAAUGCCGUGAGUGUGGGAAAUGCUUCACUAGCAGCUCAAACCUUUCUCAACAUCAGAGAAUCCACACGGGGGAGAGGCCCUUUGAAUGCCGUGAGUGUGGGAAAAGCUUCACUCAAAGAUCAGUCCUUUCUAGACAUCAGAGAAUCCACACAGGGGACAGGCCCUAUGAAUGCCAUGAGUGUGGGAAAAGCUUCAAUCGGAGCUCUGCCCUCAUCUCACAUCAGCAAAUCCAUACCGGAAAAGCGCCCCACACAUGCUCAGAGUGCGGGAAAAUCUUUAGUCAGCGCUCAGACCUUAUCAGACAUCAGAGAAUCCACACAGGAGAGACGCCCUACACGUGCUCUGAGUGUGGGAAAAGCUUUGGGCAGAGCUCUCAACUUAUCACACAUCAGAGAAUCCACACAGGAGAGGCGCCCUACACGUGCACUGAGUGUGGGAAAAGCUUUAGUCACAGGUCUGCCCUUAUCAGACAUCAUAGAAUCCACACAGGAGAGAAGCCCUACACAUGCUCUGAGUGCGGGAAAAUCUUUAGUCAGAGCUCAGACCUUAUCAGACAUCAGAGAAUCCACACGGGAGAGACGCCCUACACAUGCUCUGAGUGUGGGAAAAGCUUUAGUCAGAGGUCUACCCUGAACACACAUUGUAGAAUCCACACAAGAGAGACGCCCUACACAUGCUCAGAGUGUGGAAAAAGCUUCAGGCGGCGCUCUCAUCUUAUCACACAUCAGAGAAUCCACACAGGAGAGAAGCCCUACACAUGUUCUGAGUGUGGGAAAAGCUUCGGGCGGAGCUCUCAGCUUAUCACACAUCAGAGAAUCCACACAGGACAGACGCUUUACACGUGCACUGAGUGUGGGAAAAGCUUUAGUCAGAGCUUUGUCCUUAUCAGACAUCGUAGAAUCCACACAGGAGAGAAGCCCUACACAUGCUCAGAGUGCGGGAAAGUCUUUAGUCAGAGCUCUCACCUUAUCAGACAUGAGAGAAUCCACACAGGACAGACGCCUUACACGUGCACUGAGUGUGGGAAAAGCUUUAGUCAGAGCUCAGACAUUAUCAGACAUCGUAGAAUCCACACAGGAGCGAAGCCCUACACAUGCUCUGAGUGUGGGAAAAGCUUCGGGCAGCGCUCUCACCUUAUCACACAUCAGAAAAUCCACACAGGACAGACGCCCCACACGUGCUCUGAGUGUGGGAAAAGCUUUAGUCAGAUCUCAAACCUUAUCAGACAUUGUAGAAUCCACACAGGAGAGAAGCCCUACACAUGCUCUGAGUGUGGGAAAAGCUUCAAUCAGCUCUCAAACCUUAUCAAACAUAGGAAAAUCCACAUGGGUGAGAAACCCUAUGGAUGCUCUAAGUGUGGGAAAUGUUUCUUUAAUCGUUCAGACCUCAUCUUACAUCAGAGAAUCCACACACGGGAUAAGCCCUACACAUGCUCUGAGUGUGGGAAAAGCUUCAAUCAUCGCUCAAACCUUAUCAAACAUAGGAAAAUCCACAUGAGA